UUCCUGCCACCCUCAAAAUGGCGCCCGAUUCGUCGGCUCCUUCUCUAUCGCCACUCUCCAAAUGGCCGCGGCUCCCGCUUAGCAAAUGGGAAAGCUCUCUUCUUUUCUCCUCUUCCUAUUGGAGGAGAUGUUCAGACCGCGGCCAAUCAGGACAUAGGGCGCGCUAGUUGGCCGGUGGGAGGUGCCGCUGUGGGAGAAUGGCCGGUCGGGCCCUUUCCGCCCUUCUGGCGGGAAGAUGCAAGAAGCAAAAGAGGGAACGAAAAACCCAGCAGGAACUGCAGGAAGCAUCCCUACACGUUUUGAGUUGCCAUCAGAGGCUGGACCAGCUCUUGCUGGAGAAUGGAAGUUCAGAACACAGCAAGUCUGCACUUUCCAGUAACUUUGGCAGAAACGGAAAUGAAGCUUCAGAACAAUUUGUAGGUGGGAGAAAUAGAAUUCGUUUUGCCAGAGAUUCAGUAUGGUCAAUAGUUAUUGGCAGGUGUAGCUUUCCAGGAUUCAAGAAAUUGUCCUUUCUAGCCUGCAAGCUGAACCUUUUCAGUGUCUAUGCAAGCAAUUGGGGUUUUCUUCUUCAUUGCUUUUUCAGCCCCAUCCCCUUGUGCUAUUUCCUGUUGCAAUUUUGGGUGGUAUAUUUAAGGUCUGGACAUAGUUUCCCUCUUUGCUUUACCUUAAGAUGCUUCUCUUCUGCUCUAGUCUCAGCCUUGAAGGAUAAGGCCUCUGUGCUGGGUAUGCCCGUGGGAAUCUUAUCAGCCAGAAUGGCAGCCAACAUCAUUGAGAAGAUCUCUCUGGAGUCCGAUCAAACCACACUACUGAAUGCAGAACACAGAAAGAAGUUGUUUUGUUUGUUCCAGUCCUUGAAGGAAUUAUUAACUGAUAAUGCUUUCUGUCAUUCUGUUCUUGCUCAAGAAGUGUGGAAAAUGCAGCGCCCCCUUGUUUUGGAAGCUGCUUGGCACCUGCACAGAGAGAACAUUGUUCGUUUGGAAGAAUUACUGGAGAAGAAUCCUGAUAUACCUGCGCUAGUGGGUUGGUUGUCCAGCAGCCUUUGUCUCCUGUGCCAUCAGAUGGAAGAGAGGCCCCUGGACACGGAGACCGGGCAGAACAUUCUCACAGACUUUGCUAUUGUGCUCCUUCAGAAUGGAUUUGCGAAAACAUUUGAGUUGGAAAAGAAGUUGGAAACUAAGAAGAUUUCUGAAAUCUGCUGCGCUGUUCUUGAGAGAAUGUUGGCAUGGGUGCUUGAUGCUGUAGCUAAGGAGCAGGACAGUGCCUCCCCCACACUGAAGGCGGUGAAACGCUGGCUCCAGGUGUACAGCAUCAUGGCUUUCCAAGGCACUGUUCCUCCUGGGUUUCUGCAACAGUUCUUUGGGCACCUCUUCACCCAGGUGCUUACGUACAAUCCUCAUCUGAAAGUGUCCGAUGCCAUCAAUCUGCAGAGGGAAUGGAGCUUUGCCAGAACCAGCUCGGUGCUUGCCACAUUAUACCGCAAACUGUUCGUGGUGUUCAAAGCAGAGGACCUCACCCACCGCUUGCAGCAGGUCCUGGAGACAAGCGAAGUGAACUGGCAUCAUGUCCUCUCAUGCAUCUCUACCCUGUUAGUCUGCCAUUCCCAAGCAGAACAGCUGGUUAAAGACCUCCUGGGCUGUCUCUUGAGAAAAGCCUUUGAGAAUUACGAUUUGGAAAACAUGAUCACUGCAUUCUUAAUCGUCCGCCAAGCAGCCUUGGAAGGCCCGGCUUUAUUCCCCCCUUACGCAGAAUGGUUUAAGCUCACUUUUGGGAACGCUGGCAGCCCCCACGGCAGCAGCAAGAAGACGCUGGUCUUCUUCUUCAAGUUCCUGUCACAGCUGGUUCCCUUUGAAGCACCACAGUACCUGAAGGUCCACCUCCUGCAUCCCCCAUUUGUGCCCAGCAAAUACCGCCUCCUUCUGCUGGAAUACAUCACGUUGGCCAAAACCCGCCUGGCAGAUCUCAAGGUGUCCAUAGAAGACAUGGGCCUCUAUGAGAAUGUGUCUUCCACAAAAGAAGCCUCCCAGCCGUGCUGUCAAGCUCUUCAGGAUGUUGAAAAGGCCAUUCAGAUAUUCAGAAAUACUGGCAAGGUCCCGGCAAGUGUGAUGGAAGCCAGUAUUUUCAGGCGGUCCUACUAUACCUCUCAUUUUCUUCCUGCCUUGCUUGUACCACGAGUGCUUCCUGAAACUCCUGACUCCUGCAUGGCUUUGAUAGAAUCCCUCAAGAGGGCUGAAAAAAUUCCUCCGAACACAUACGCCACUUACAUUGAAGACUGCAAAGCUGCGAAAAAUAAGCUCUUGCGAGAGGGAUCAGCUGAAACUGAGGCAAGGGACCUCACGGCACCCUUGGAGCAGCUAAAGGCUGAGCUAGAAGCACUGAGGCUGCUCGUCACAGACACAGACAAGCACUCUGCAAUUCCAGCCCAGAUUGCGGUCGUCUCUGAGAAACUGAUGGAGGUUUUGGGACGUGUGAAAGAUGAAGAUGAAGCGGCAUCCCUGACCCUGAGAGUCAGGCUGGACCUUUUGGCUCCCGAAGUUGGGCCAGCAGACCAAGGGGCGGUUGACCUUCUGCUGGCCUCCUUCUGUCAGAACGUAAUGGCUGCCUCUUAUUUCCUCCCUCCUGAGAGGCAAGGGUCCUGGCCUUCCCUCUUUGUGAAAAUGAUCUCUGGGCACCGCCCCCUGCUGUCCUCCUUGCUCAGCCGUCUCUGCCAACUUCUCUACCACCAGGGUCCUUCUCUGAGUGAUGCUCACAUCCUGGGCCUGGCUGCCUUUGCGGUUCACUUCAGUGAAGCCGAGCCCUUGCUUCCUGCAGUGGACCUCUGCUCCCCCUCCGUUCCUCGUGCCGCUCUUCACACAGGCCUUCCUCUCGCGGAACUGUGGGAUUAUUUACUGGUGUGCAGGUCUGGAGACUCAGCUCUCUUCUGCUUGCGGUUUUGCACUGCAGCAAUUUCAUACUUUCUGUGCAAGUUUCCUUCCCUUUCCCGUGAGCGCUUGUGCUCCUUGCUUCCUCCUGGUUUCGUAAAAAAGCUUCAGCAUGUCGUGCCGCGGCUUUGCUCGGAAGCGCGAGGAACCGGCUGCGAAGGGGACACCGCUGCGUUUCCUUGGAAAAUGUUAUCCUCUGCUACCCUCUGCUACAGAAAGGCUGCCCUCAGCUUGUGGAGACAAACCCGUUUCAAAGAACUCCUGCAGGAGAAAGCGUUCCAACUGACCCUCCCGGAGUGGCUGAGUAUGGAGCUGGAAGUCCUUCCCGACCAAGACACGCUCUCUGCUCGUGAAAGGCAGGGGUUCCAUCACUGGGCUCUGUAUCAGCACUAUCUCCCGAGGCCUGUUGCUGCUGGAGGCUGUGAUGGGAACUUGAGAGAGAUGGGUACCGUCCUUGCCAAUGCCAUUCUGGAUUUUUUUCAAAGGGCUGAGUCGGAAGCAUGCGGUCUCCUGAAGAACCCUGAGCGUCCCACGACCCACGCAAGAGGAAGCCCUGAUGUCUACUGCAGAUUCCAGGAGCUGGUGCUGGAGCUGGAGCUGGAGCGCAGGAGAGCCCUGCCGGGCGCCUCCGACAGAGAGGCGCACUUCCUGUUCCAGGUGUUCCGUGAGCGGCUGAAGGCUCUGGGAGACGGGUCUGCCCUGCGGGACAGGCUGCUCCGGCAGCAGGAGCUUCUCUCCCAGACAAGGAUUCUCUUAGGCCUGCCUCCGUCUGUUCUUGUGGCAACACGGAAGAAAGGAGGGAAAGUCGCGGUUGCCUGUGAAGACUUCUUCUCUUUUGUAAACACGGAACUGAGGAAUAGCUGUUCCAGAGGAUGUUCUCUGCCUUACGACAUCACCGCUCAUUUCUUCAGGGGCCUGCUGAGCACCGGUUUGGAGUGUAACAACCCUGCCCAGGAGGUGACAGCCGCACUCUCCUCGUGCCAAGCUGGGUGUCCCAUCCUCCUCUGUUCCGCUGCGCGAUGGUGGCAGAGGCUGGAGUUUGUGCUCUGCUCACAGUGGGAGAGACUCUUUGGCGUUCCCCUGGCACAGGGGCUGCAGAGCCUCAAGGAUUUACAGUCGUCUUUCAACAGCUUUCUUUCAUCUGAAGCAACUUCUCUGCCCUCCAACCUGACGUGGGUUUCUGCCACUUUCCUCCACUUCGCUCUUCAGCAGCAAGUAGAGCCUGAGAAAAGGGGGGAUGUGCUGAAAAGGUUGGGGCCCAAAGCGGAGCAGUUCCUGGUGUAUGUCUUCUUCUUUUCUGUCACGGAUUUCAUCUCAGCAAAAGUGGCACCACAGGAAGGAAUGGAUGUUUGCAAAGCUUUGGAAUGGAGCUCCAGGGUGCUUCAGUGCUUGGUGGAACAAGGGGCUGGCUGGCCGGCCGUCUUUUGUCCGGCAGGAACAGGCUGCAGGCUUUAUGAAGCCUUGCACGACACUGUACCAGAUCAGCACUUGAAGAUGUUGCCGGUUGCCUUCUACAGCCUUCUCUUCGCCUCUGAUGCAGAGCAGCUUAUCCGACAGCAAGCGUUCCUGCGCGUUGCUGUUGACAUGUAUGCGCAGCUGCUCCAGCUCUUCACGGAGGGGACCGCGGUGGCCGGGCCAAGCGAGAGGGAGCAGCCCCUGCACGUCGGCAGCCUUGAAGAUUCAUUAACGCUGAUCAAACAAGCACGGCAGCUCCUGCUCUGUGUAAUCCCCCUGUGUCCUCCAGAGACCUUCUCCAGCCUCCAAGAGAUGUUGUCCCUCUGUGGCGUUCUGGACCCAGAGCUCAAGGCGGCCCUCGUCAGCGCAGGGGGGGAUCUGCUUGAGGAAGAACUCCCACUCUUCUGAAGGCCGAAGCCCACGAGCCAGGGCCUCGGACGAAUUCCUGCAACCCCCCUCCCCAGCCAAAGAUGAACAAACCGAGUACGUGCCUUGGAGCCGAAUCUGUCCGGAGUACUGUGUAAAUAAUUUAUUACAAGCAUAAUUAUGACGUUGUAACAAUAAAAAUUAGGUUACAAA